AUGGCGUGGGGAGGCAGCAUCCACCACCGCCGAGCCUCCUCCCAGGGGGCACCCGCAGAGGAGCUGGCACGGGCAGAGCCCAGGAAGGCGGGCGAGACCUCGCACCCUUCCCCUGCAGCACCGAAGAAUGAGAAACCCCUGGAAGAUGAUGAGUCCCGAAAAGUCCUGACGAAGGGUCCCCGGGCCGAGCUUGCAGGUGCCCCCGAAGCUGUGACAUCCACUCCAGUUGGCCUCAGUGGCUUCGUCCCUCCUGCCCGUGCCGGCAGUGCUGGGACCCCAGGGGACCAUCUCCUCCAGAGGGCUGCAGGGGGGGCUUGGGAGCCGGGGGGGUCAGGGAACGGGGUGUUCCGCCCCCUCCCCAGCACCCAGAAGCCCCACCGAAAGCUGCAGUCGCACCACUCCAUCAACAGCCAGAGCAGCAAGAAGAGCAAGGGCAGCUCCAAGUCGGCCUCUUCCCACAUCCCUAUUGAGGCACAAGAAGACUGCUGCGUCCACUGCAUCCUCUCCUGCCUCUUCUGCGAGUUCCUGACCCUCUGCAACAUCGUGCUGGACUGUGCCACCUGCGGCUCCUGCACCUCUGAGGACUCCUGCAUCUGCUGCUGCUGCUGCAACUCGGGCGAGUGCGCCGACUGCGACCUGCCCUGCGACAUGGACUGCGGCAUCAUCGACGCCUGCUGCGAGUCGGCCGACUGCCUGGAGAUCUGCAUGGAGUGCUGCGGGCUCUGCUUCUCCUCCUGA